CAUGCUAUGGAGACACAGAUAGAGUUAAGAUGGUACAACGGCAAACCCAUAGGCCCAACAAAGACACAUGUUCAAUUGUUUAGUCGGUUCUUGGGUACACUUGCAAGAAACUCUAAUUUGGUCACGUUAUUAUAUACUAAUUGGCAAGCUGUGUCCAGUGAGACUAAAACUUCAAUGUUGGAUUAUGCAAAGCGUGCAAAGAAGGAGGACAAUGAAGAUCCAUCACAAUCUGAGAUGUUUGUUGUAACUCGUACAAACAAAAAGGGAGAGACUAAUUCGGGAACAAAAGAGACGAUUGAUCAUCUUCAAAAUUUGAAACAAUCAAGAUACAAUGAUGAUGAAGUAGUUCAAACAGUUUUCGGAAAGGAGAGACAUGGUAGAGUUCGUUUUUAUGGUCGAUCAGUCACAAAAUCCUCUCUUAAAAAGGAUAAGAAAAUCCGACAAAUGCAACAACAACAUAAUGAAGUGGUUUCAACUAUGGAGAAAAAUCAAAAUAGCUUAACUUCCAAGUUGGAUGGUUUAACGAACUUGAUUAAAACGGUGUUGCAACAAGUCAAUCCUGGUAUGAGUGCAGAACAAGUGCAAGUAAUGAUAGAAGCCACCCAACAAUCUCUGCCUGACGCGAGUAGUGCACCAAAUGAUGUGCGGCGAAGCAUUCCUCCUUCACUUGGAUCGAACCAUGUAUUAAAGGAUAUGGAAGAAGACAUGAUGUGAUGAAGAAAAUAUGUUCCAUACAUAUAUGACAUGGGAUGAAUCUUACAAUGACCUUAGUUAUGUAAAUGUAAUAUUUUGAUGUGUUCUGUACUUUUUGAGGUA